UGCCAAUCCAGGAAGCAGGAACACAUGGAGGCACACGUCAAGCACUGGAAAUCUGCAACAAAAACCACAAAACCAACAAAACCAACACGGAGCCGACCAAAACACAAGCAGCAAUCGACCCAAAUCACAGUCUGAGCUACCGCUACCGCUAACUAACCCAAAAAACUACAGAGCCAGCAUGCAGAAACAUAAAGCCAAAGAGAGAAAAAAUAGGAAGGAUAAAGUCCUCACCACUUCACCAGGUCUGAAGGUCCAAAAGAGGAUUCAUACUGAAGAGAAGCCGUACAGCUGUGAUCAGUGUGGGCGAGCUUUUACCAGGUCAAGUAUUUUAAGGAGUCAUCAGCGUAUCCACACUGGAGAAAAGCCGUACAAGUGUGAUCAGUGUGGGGCAGCUUUUACCUACCAAGGUCAGCUAAGGAGUCAUCAGCGUAUUCACACUGGAGAAAAGCCGUACAAAUGUGAUCAGUGUGGGGCAGCUUUUACCCGACAAGAUCAUCUAAGGAGUCAUCAGCGUAUUCACACUGGAGAAAAGCCGUACAAAUGUGAUCAGUGUGGGGCAGCUUUUACCCAACAAGGUAGUCUAAGGUGUCAUCAGCGUAUUCACACUGGAUUUAAGCCUUACAGAUGUGAUCAGUGUGGGGCAGCUUUUACCAAGUCAGGUAAUCUAAGGAGUCAUCAGCGUAUUCACACUGGAGAAAAGCCGUACAAAUGUGAUCAGUGUGGGGCAGCUUUUACCCGACAAGAUCAUCUAAGGAGUCAUCAGCGUAUUCACACUGGAGAAAAGCCGUACAAAUGUGAUCAGUGUGGGGCAGCUUUUACCCAACAAGGUAGUCUAAGGUGUCAUCAGCGUAGUCACACUGGAUUUAAGCCUUACAGAUGUGAUCAGUGUGGGGCAGCUUUUACCAAGUCAGGUGAUCUAAGGAAUCAUCAGCGUAUUCACACUGGAUUUAAGCCUUACAAAUGUGAUCAGUGUGGGGCAGCUUUUACCGAACAAGGUAGUCUAAGGCGUCAUCAGCGUAUUCACACUGGGGAUAAGCCUUACAGAUGUGAUCAGUGUGGUGCAGCUUUUACCCAACAAGGUGAUCUUAGGCGUCAUCAGCGUAUUCACACUGGAUAAAAAAUUGUCUGUGAUCAGUGUGGGGCAGCUUUUACCUGGACAGCUGUUUUGUUUUCAGUUUCAACUAAAAAAUGUGUUUAAAUUUGAUUUUUCCCCAGUUUAUGUUCCAUUGUU